AUGCGACAGCGCGCCUUGCUACUAUCAGUCCUCGCUCUCGUUGGAUACCCGGCUGUCCGGGGUGCAGUUUAUACUGACCCCGCUCAGCUUCCCCAGACCGAGUACGACUUCGUGAUAGUGGGGGCGGGGACUGGGGGAAAUGUGAUUGCGAACAGACUUACGGAAAACGCGAGUUUUUCCGUCCUGGUUAUCGAAGCAGGCGUCAACAACACCGUCGAUGAGGCGGAUGAAAUCCCAUUCUUUUGCAGUACAUUAUCACCCGAUACGUCACUCACUUGGAAUUAUACUACGACGCCGCAAGUCGGCCUCAACAACAGAGUUAUACAGUAUCCACGGGGUCGCGUACUGGGCGGAUGCAGUUCAAUAAAUUAUAUGAUUUGGAAUCGAGGAUCCGUAGACGAUUGGAAUCGGUAUGCUGAGUAUACAGGGGACAAUGGAUGGUCAUGGGAUGAGAUUUUUCCAUACAUGCUCAAGAGCGAGGAUCUCGUCCCGCCGAGCGAUCACCACAAUACAGCGGGAGAAAUCAUCCCAGCGCUUCAUGGGUCGUCAGGACCCGUUCAGAUCAGUCUCGCAGGAUAUCCAACGUACAUCGACGGCCGUGUGAUUAAUACUACACAAGAGCUUCAUUCUGAAUUCCCUUACAAUGAAGACAUGAACUCUGGAUUUCCGAUUGGCGUUGGUUGGAAUCCGAAUUCAGUUGAUACAUUUGGAAGACGAAGCAGCUCUGCAACAUCGUAUCUCGAACCCGCUUAUGGUCGUUCCAAUCUUGAUGUUCUCAUUCAGACUCAGGUGACCAAAUUGGUCUCCUCAAGUACGUCUGGUGGCAACCCCGUUUUUACUACAGUCGAAAUUGCACAGUCUGCAAACAGCAAAACGUACACCGUACGGGCAACUAAGGAGGUGAUAUUGUCUGCGGGGUCAAUCGGCACACCACAGAUCUUGCUGCUGAGUGGCAUAGGUGAUUCGGCCGCGCUCAAGAGCGCCGGAGUGACGCCCAUCGUUAAUCUCAGCGACGUUGGCCAGCACUUAACUGACCAUUCGCUCGUUGCUAACCAGUGGUUAGUCAAUUCCAACAACACUUUCGAGAAGGUGACAAGAAACGGUACUUUCGAAGAACAACUACUCUCUGAGUGGGGUGCGAGCGGUACCGGACUGUUCGUCAUCCCAGGAAUCAUCCAACUUGGCUGGUUGAGGCUGCCUAACAAUGCAGCCAUCUACCAGACAUACCCAGACCCCUCCGCGGGGCCCUCGUCUCCCCAGAUAGAAUUUCUCUUUGCAAACGGUUACUUAUCGAGCAUACAACCAACCCCAGGAACCGGAUAUUAUUUAUCAAUUGUCACGGCUGUGGUCUCGCCUGCUUCCCGCGGAUCGGUUACUCUGGCAUCGAACGAUCCCUUUGAUUACCCACUCAUUGACCCUGGACUACUCUCCAGCCCGUUUGAUCUGGCGGUGAUGACUCAGGCGAUCCAAGACGCGCAGACGUUUCUGAGUGCUCCUGCGUGGGAUGGAUACAUUAGUGGCCCAGCAGGAGAACUAGCUAAUGUACAAACGGAGGAGGAGUUGGAGACGUAUAUCAAGAACAACGGCGCGACUGUAUGGCAUCCCGUCAGUACGGCUCGGAUGGAACCAGCGUCUGGCGAAGGCGGCGUGGUUACAUCUGAGUUGUUAGUGAAAGGUACAUCUGGUUUACGAAUCGUUGAUGCUUCUGUCCUGCCCUACAUCCCCUCGAUGCAUCCACAGGCUUGUGUGUAUGCGCUGGCAGAGCGUGCGGCGGACUUGAUUAAGGAGAGAUGGUUGUGA